UAAACAAGUGAAAGCUGACAAAUGUUCUGUGGAAUUUAUGUACUGACGGCAGCCAGGGCAAGUCAACUAUGGUAUGUUGAGAACACAAAACAACAUAUAGCGCCCAUACCGAGGUCGAUAAUGGCUAUCUACUAUCGCAGCUUCUAGGAAUCACCAAUAUUUCCACGAAAACAUAAAACAACAGCAACAGCAUACCUAUCAUCUCUAUAUAAGAGCGUGGCAUUUAUUGUCUCAAAAUCAUUCCAAAACAAAUCGACUAUUCUCCAUUUCAAACAAUGGAGAUCUCUGUCACCACUACCCUUGGCCUUGCCAUCAUCAUCUUCACCCUUUUCAAGUUAGUAACACGUCCCAAAUCAAAGAAAAACUUGCUCCCAGAGCCAUGGAGACUCCCAUUAAUCGGACACAUGCAUCAUUUGAUCGGUACGAUGCCGCAUCGUGGUGUCAUGGAGUUAGCAAGGAAACAUGGAUCUCUCAUGCAUCUACAACUAGGAGAAGUGUCCACUAUCGUGGUCUCAUCCCCACGUUGGGCAAAAGAGGUUCUGACAACGUAUGAUAUUACUUUUGCAAACAGACCGGAGACUUUAACCGGUGAGAUUGUUGCAUACCACAAUACCGAUAUUGUCCUUGCUCCCUAUGGUGAAUACUGGAGGCAGUUGCGAAAGCUUUGCACCUUGGAGCUUUUGAGUAACAAGAAAGUGAAGUCCUUUCAAUCCCUUCGUGAGGAGGAGUGUUGGAAUCUGGUUAAGCAUAUACGAUCCACUGGGCAGGGAUCACCAAUCAAUCUUUCAGAAAACAUUUUCAAGAUGAUUGCUACCAUACUUAGUAGGGCAGCGUUUGGUAAAGGAAUAAAAGACCAAAUGAAAUUUACCGAAUUAGUAAAAGAAAUACUAAGGUUGACUGGAGGUUUUGAUGUGGCGGAUAUCUUUCCUUCCAAAAAGUUACUUCACCACCUUUCAGGGAAGAGAGCUAAGUUAACCAACAUACACAAUAAGCUUGACAGUUUGAUCAACAAUAUCAUCUCCGAGCACCCUGGAAAUCGUACAAGCUCAUCACAGGAGACUCUACUUGAUGUUCUGUUAAGACUGAAAGAAAGCGCUGAGUUUCCAUUGACAGCUGACAAUGUCAAAGCAGUCAUUCUGGAUAUGUUUGGAGCUGGAACAGAUACAUCAUCAGCCACAAUUGAAUGGGCAAUCUCUGAAUUGAUAAGGUGUCCAAGAGCGAUGGAGAAAGUUCAAGCAGAACUAAGGCAAGCACUAAAUGGAAAGGAAAGGAUCCAAGAGGAAGAUAUACAAGAACUAAACUACCUAAAGCUAGUGAUCAAAGAAACAUUGAGGUUGCACCCACCACUACCGUUGGUUAUGCCUAGAGAGUGUAGGGAACCAUGUGUGUUGGGGGGAUACGACAUACCAAGCAAGACAAAACUUAUUGUCAAUGUGUUUGCUAUAAACAGGGAUCCUGAAUACUGGAAAGAUGCUGAAACUUUCAUGCCAGAGAGAUUCGAAAAGAGCUCCAUCACUGUAAUGGGUUCAGAGUAUGAGUAUCUCCCGUUUGGUGCAGGAAGGAGAAUGUGUCCUGGAGCUGCCCUUGGUCUAGCCAACGUGGAACUUCCUUUGGCUCAUAUACUUUACUACUUCAAUUGGAAGCUCCCCGAUGGCAAAGCAUUUGAAGAUUUGGACAUGACUGAGAGCUUUGGAGCCACUGUCCAAAGAAAGACCGAGUUGUUACUAGUUCCAACGGAUUUCCAAACACUUAAGGCAUCUACAUAAUGACAUUCAUUUAAAUAUAGUAGAAUUGAUCCACAAUCC